UCUGCGCCCCCAUCGCUCUGACUCCGAAAAGAUGCCAGUUUCCUCGUCCCAAAACCAUCCUUCCUGCGUGACGUGCGGCAUUCUCGGGCCAUGCCGGCGAGCCCUCACGCGGCUCUUCCGCGUCCCGGCCUCCGCAGUGCUGUCCAUCUGGGCCUUCCGCUUGCGCAACCUCCGGAAGUCCGCCGUAAGGAUGAGCCCGCGUCGCCGCCGUCGACGCCGGACGUUCCGGUCAGUGCGCGCGGUAUUCUGGCCGCUCGUCGUCCCGCCCUCGUCCACGCCGGCGGCCUCGACAGCAGAGGGCGAGGCCGUGCGCGGGGAGGUCAUAUCUGAGACGACAGUGGUGCACGAAACGCCGGUGCACGCGCCGGUGUCGUCCCCGGAGACGCCGGCGUACGUUAAGGUGGUGGCGCAGCUGCGGUCGGGGAGGAGCGCUGGCAGUAGCGGAGAUGGCGAGGCAGAGGAUGAGAAGAAGGAGGAGGCCUGCCGGAGCUUCGAGAGCUGCCUGAUGGAGAUGCUGGUGGACGAGGGGAAGGCCCGGGACUUGCAGGACGUGGAGGAGCUCCUGCGGUGCUGGGAACGGCUCAAGUCGCCGUUGUUCGUCGAGCUGGUGUGCAGGUUCUACGGCGAGCUCUGCAAUGACAUGUUCCCCGCUCCCGCGGUUGACAAAGCAGCCGUGGACGGUGGCGAUGGCGAGGGCUCCGUGUCCACGUCAGGCGUUUGAUCUGAUCUGAUCCACCUCCAAGAUCGAACUCGCUGCAGUUUCUCAUCAGUGUUUUUGUAGAACUAAAUAAGAUAUUUGUAAGACGUUUUAUUUCAUCCAUGUCUGCGUGAACCUGAUCGAUGCACCACAAACCAACGAGAUAUGAUUGGUACGGUGCUUUGGCCAGAGUGAAAU